AUGACCACAAAGAUUCAACACGCACUAGAUGAACUCGCUACCAUGUUCGAAAAGUCACACCCAACGUCACUGAAUAUUGAAGAAGAGUUCACACAGUACUCAACUACUGCUGAAGAAGCCAUUGGCAAUACUUUCGAAUACCUUGUACUCCUUCACGCUCGGAUCCAUGGCUUCAAGGCUCAUGCUGAACUUCUCAACACAUCCCANUAA